UGUCAGUAUCAGUUCUUGAUUUUAGCUAACGCUAUGGAUAUAAGCAAUGAGACCCGAGUUGACUCGAUCGGGCCCUCGACCCUUUCAGGCCGAACACUCUCCUUUAAAGUCUUGCUCUGCAAGUCCAUCUCACACUUGAGGCAUCAGAUUCUUGGGAUGCUUUUAAUGCAAUUAAAAAACUGCUUAAAUCGCUACCUAUCUCCCCUCGUCUCGUGGCUCCACCCAAAAAACCCGCAGGGCAUACUCUUAGUAAUCACGCUAAUAGCUUUCGCGCUAAAAAGGCCUCUCGUGCAUGUGAAAAAAUCGGUCGAGAUGGCUUACCGGAGAAAAUUCUGCCGGAAAAUAAUGCAGGCCUCUUUAACAUACGAGGAGUGGGCCCACGCAGCUAAGAUGCUCGACAAAAUGACUCUGAGAACGAAAGAUGCCAACUUUUAUGACGAGGAGCUCAUGAGGAAUAAAGUCCAAGAGUUUCGCCAAAGGCGGCAAGAAGGUUUCAUUCGAGACAUCACAUUCUACAUGAGAGCCGAUUUAGUUAGAAAUUUCGGCAACAUGUGUAAUCCCGAGCUUCACAAAGGAAGGCUAAACUUGCCGAAGCUAAUAGAAGAGUAUAUUGAUGAGGUCACCACACAGUUAAGAAUGGUGUGUGGUUCAAGUUUGGGUUCAGGCUCGGGUGAGCUUAUUCUAGAAGAAAAACUCGCUUUCAUGCACGAGACUAGGAACUCGUUUGGCCGGACAGCUUUGCUUUUGAGUGGAGGUUCUUCUUCUUCUUCUCUAGGAGCUUUUCAUGUGGGUGUGGUUAAAACAUUAGUCGAGCACAAGCUUUUGCCUCGGAUAAUAGCCGGGUCAAGUGUCGGGUCAAUAGUUUGCUCGAUUAUCGCGACCCAUUCUUGGCCCGAGCUCACGAGCAUUUUUGAGGAUUCGAACAAGUUUUUCAACCAGAUGUGUCGGCUCUUCACCAUUUUCAAACAGGCCAUGAAUCGGGCCUCGGCCCAUGAAAUUCAACAUUUUCAGAUGAUUUUGAGGCGUCUGACGAAUAAUCUGACUUUUCAGGAGGCCCACGACAUUACGGGCCGAAUUCUAGGGAUCACGAUUUGUUCCCCGGGAAAAAACGAGCCGCCUAAAUGUCUUAAUUAUUUAACUUCGCCACAUGUUGUGAUAUGGAGUGCUGUCACAGCUUCUUGUGCUUUUCCCGGGCUUUUCGAGGCCCAAGAGCUCAUGGCUAAGGAUAGGAAUGGAGAGAUUGGGCUUUUCCCGGGCUUUUCGAGGCCCAAGAGCUCGGGUAGUAGGUGGAGAGAUGUGAGCAUGGAGAUUGAUCUGCCUAUGAUGAAAUUGAAGGAGCUUUUUAACGUGAAUCAUUUUAUCGUGAGCCAGUCGAACCCGUACAUUACGCCCUUGCUGAAGGUGAAGGAGAUUGUUAGAGCUUAUGGAGGGAAAUUUGCUGCAAAGAUUGCUCGUUUAGCUGAGAUGGAGGUGAAACACAGGUGUAAUCAGAUAUUGGAGCUCGGUUUUUCGCUAGGAGGACUUGCAAAGAUGUUUACUCAGGAGUGGGAGGGUGAUGUCACUAUCGUAAUGCCUGCUACUUUGCCUCAGCUGCCGAAGAUGAUACAAAAAAACCCGUCACACGCGGAGCUCCAGAAGGCGGCCAACCAUGGCCGCCGCUGCACGUGGGAGAAGCUUCCGGUUGUCACGGCCAACUGCAGAAUCGAGCUCGCAAUCGACGAGUCCAUAUCCAUCCUCAGCCACAUGGGCCGCAUCAAACACUUCCUCUCAGCCCACGAGAACUUGGACUUGGAAGAUGAGGAAUCGGGCCUCGGCUCGUGGGCCCGUGGGCCGAGUGUUGUGGUGGAAAAUGACGCGGGUUUAGUCUUAAACGUUGGGAGGAGAGAGGUCUCGGCUGCUGCUGAGUGUGAGCAGAUCGAGUUUACGGAUAGGGAAAUGGACUGCACGGGCUCUGGCUCGGACAGUGAUGAUAGUGGGCCGGUCCAAGCCCGGGAUGAUGUGUUCGGUGAGGAGGGUUUUUUGGUUGGUUGAUGGACUUAGCUCCUCUUUGUUUAGAUACAGCAGAAUUUGAGUUUUUAGAUGUUUGAAAGAAAAGAAAAUGGGGCUCAUGUCUUGGGAGAAGAAGGUUGACUUUUAGUGUGACAGUAUAAUUAGUUUUUAUGUUGCAUAACAUGAUAGUUCUCAUAUUAGAUUUGCAGUAUUGAUUUCAUCUUGGCAUCCAUAAGCUUCUAUUAAAUGAAAUGAGUCUGGC